CACAAAAAAACCUACCCAAUUGAAAGAGAUUGAGUGAUCAUUCAUAGACAAGUCCAAUCCUUUUGGCCUUUGCUUUGCUUUUCUUCUCUUCUACCAGUUACCACCACCUUCGCUACCACAAAACAGAUCAUAUAUAGAGAAGAAGAAUUGAGAGACCUCUGAAAAGUCCAUGUAUGUAACAUAUCAAAGGAAUGUUUAUCUCUUCUAUUCUUUUUUGCUUCUUUCUUUCAUAACCCUUUUUCCAAUUUUUCCCUUCCUCUAGGAAAGUGUAAACCAAUUUCCAUAUAUCCUUUUCCUUGAAUCAUCCUUUUCAUAUACAAUUCACAUCAGAGGAGGAAGUGAUCAAUGCAAAAACAACUUCAUAUCUAUUCAUAUAGAACUUGAAUCUUUUGUCUGUUUUAGUUUUUUGCAAUAUAUUGAGGCGCCAGAGUUAAAGAGAGAAAGGGCAGAGGGGGAGGAAGGGAAAGAUCGAGAAAAGAUGAGUGGAAAGAAAGAAGAAGAUCUAGGAGAGUGUUCUCAAGCUAUCCAUAACAUACAAGGUUACCAAGAACAGUUACUUAUUCAACAACACCAACAGAUGCAAUACCACCACCACCAACAGAACAAUGGUUUAUUUGGAGGAGCUAGGGGAGGGUUGAUAUUCCCUGAAGCAUCGCCCGUCCUACCAUGGUCUCUCCCUCCGGUUCACACUUUCAAUCCAGCCCACUUCACAGGAAACCCGGUUCGAGACCACGACCCUUUUCUAGUCCCUCCUCCGCCAUCAUCAUAUGGGGGGUUAUUCAACGGAAGAGCUCCUGCCCUACACUUUGCAUACGAUGGCCAAUCAGCUCAUCAUCUAAAGAUCUUAUCUGACACUCUGGGACCGGUGGCUCAACCAGUCUCAGCUCCUUGCGGGCUACAAGCUGAGUUUGGUAAGAUGACUGCUCAAGAAAUCAUUGAUGCUAAAGCUCUCGCUGCUUCUAAAAGUCACAGUGAAGCUGAAAGGAGAAGAAGAGAACGAAUCAACAACCAUCUCGCCAAGCUACGCAGCUUACUCCCAAGCACCACGAAAACGGACAAGGCUUCACUGCUUGCAGAAGUAAUCCAACAUGUCAAGGAGCUUAAACGGCAAACUUCUUUGAUAGCAGAAACGAGUCCUGUGCCGACCGAAAUCGAUGAACUAACGGUGGAUAAAUCGGAUGAAGAUGGUAAGUUUGUGAUCAAAGCUUCACUUUGCUGUGAAGAUAGGUCCGAUCUUUUGCCCGACCUAAUCAAGACGUUGAAGGCUUUACGUCUAAAAACACUAAAAGCUGAGAUCACAACUCUUGGUGGGCGUGUAAAGAGUGUUCUGUUUAUUGCCGGAGAGGAAGACUGGAAUAGUAGUGGUGAUCAGCAACAACAGCAGCAGCAAUAUUCUAUUAGUUCAAUACAAGAAGCAUUGAAAGCAGUGAUGGAGAAGACUUCUGGGGAUGAGUCUUCUUCAGGGAGUGUUAAGAGACAAAGAACCAAUAUCAGUAUUCUUGAGCACAGGUCUCUUUAACUUACAAAUGGACUUAAGUGCUUACUUUUCCUGGUAUUCGUGGGUUUUCAUUUUUCUUUUCUUUUCUUUUAUUUCCUGAGAGUGUUUUAAUUUGUGAAUUAAUUUCUAUCAGUGGACAAAAUAGGUGAUGACGGUGUGCUUUGUGUACUUAAAAAACUGGGUUAA